CAGUGGCCAUGGAUCUCAUGAUGAUCAUGGGAGCUGUCACCGGACCGGUUGGUUGGACCUUGAACGUACUGAACUUUGCGGCGGCCGCUGGAUUUGCGAUCUAUGCAUUUAAGCAAAAAGUGCCAAAGGGACCAAUUAUGGAAGGAUUCGGAGUCUGGACAGAUGUCGUCUUCCACUUGGCGAAUGUAGAGCGAGAUGCCCACGAUGCUCUCUCAAACGCUGUCAAAAAAGUCAUCAAUUCACCCAUCAGCUCCAAAGACGGUAUUUACGGUGUCCUGAAAGGUGGUACAUUCAUGAACACAGCAAAGCUUAAGCCCAUCCCCGAGGUGGCAGAUCAAUUGCGCAAGGUCACCAUGGCGAUGUCCAUGAACUUGGUGCUACGUGAUAUGAAUGCGUAUAUAGCAGUUGGUGCCGAUGAUUGUUACGAUAAAGGACCAAAUGGCGCCUGGCCUCAGAAAGACUUAUUAUCAUACUGUCCCAAGCAAGGAGGACCGAUGUACAACAUCAUCCGCGCCGUUGGUGAGAAAUCAGAAAAUAACAUCCCGAACGCCAACGUGAUCAACGACAUCUUCGGCUUCCCUACUCAAUUGAUAGUCGACGUUUCUGUUGACUGCCAGCAAAGACACGGCGGCUUCAAUCAUAAUCCAUAUGUCAAUGGUAAAUUCCCAAAAUCCGAACACGAUGAGUGCGUUUUCAAUCUCCCAGUAUGCGAUGCUCGAUGGGGAGGUGUGCGCUCUAGUAUCAAAAAACAUCACCAACACGUAACUGUAGCCUGUAGGAAACAUGGGGGCCUGCCAAUCUGAAGAUCAUCAUAUCCGCCGUGGCGCAUUUGUUGUUGGACAUUAAGAUACCCGCAGUAAGGACUUGAAUUUAUAAUCUUUCAUUCAUUCAUUCAAUGUAAAAAAAAUCUUUGUAAUCAACCGUGUGAAAAACAAAAUUGAAAUCCACA